UAUCAAUUUAUACACCAAACCAUGAAAUCCAUUGUAUUCCUCCUAUUUGCAAUUCUAACCAAUCCUUUAUUUGCAUUCUCCAAUAACAAUGCUAUUGAGCAAGUGUUGGAUACAAAUGGUAACCCCCUUAUCCCUGGUGAUGAAUACUACAUUUUUCCAGCAAGUGAUAACCCUAAAACUGGAGGACUAACCCUAAACAAAAUUAGUGAUGCAGAGUGUCCUGUAACUGUCCUACAAAAUAAUGCGACAAGAGGUUUACCAGUUAAAUUCACCUUAUCAGGAAGUAAUAACACUGGUAAUAAUAUCUUGACUAAUACUGAUCUUGAAAUUGAGUUCACUAAGAAGCCAAAUUGCGUUGAAUCAUCAAAAUGGAUUGUGUUUGUUGAUGAUUUUACUCCUCAAGGUUGUGUUGGUAUUGGUGGUCCUGAAAAUCAUCUUGGUUUAGAAAUACUCAAUGGCAAAUUUUUAAUUGUGAGACAUGCUUCUGGAUAUGUUUAUAGGUUUGGAUUUUGUUUGGAUGUGAGUGGUGAUUGUGGUUUGCUUGGAUUGAAUACUUUUGAUUCGAGAGAAGGUGGAUCACGUUUAAUUUUAACUAUAUUUAAUUCUUAUAAUGUUGUAUUUGUUGAUGUUGCUUCUGUUAAAUCUGGACGUAUUAUGCCUCUUAAAGGUGGAUUUGAUGCGUCAGUUUAGUGGUAAAAGUUUGAUAUUGUAAUUUUGAAAGCCAGAGUUUAAAUUU